CGAGCGGAACUAGAGCUCCUCCGAGAAGCGAGAGAGAGAGAGAGAGAGAGGAGAAGAGUGCCGAUCGAGGGGCUGCGUUUCGGAGGGGUGGCAAGGAUUUUCCUCCCCGAGGAGAAGAUUAGGGACUCGUCGCAUUACCAGCAGCAGCCGUGGUACCGAGGUUUUCAUGAUUCUCGUUUGACGAGCAGACAGCAGCCCGCCACCCCGGCACCGGUUAGCUCUAUGACCAUGCUCCAGUCGCAGAAGCUGUACAGCGACGCUGGUAGCCUCGGCGGCGCGAUGACCAGCGCCGCGAUGUCCACGAUGGGCAGCAUGGCGCCGACGUACAGCUCGAUCAACUCGGUGGGAUGCAUGCCGAUGGGUAUGUCGAUGGGCGUCGGAGUCGGGCCGAGCUGCAGCCCCCAAGGCGCCGGCGGUUUCAACAUGAGCACCAUGAGCUCGGCCAUGGGGAUGGCCUCGAUGGGCGGCGGUGGCAUGGGCGGCUACGGGAGCGCGUCGAUGGGCGGCGGUGGCGCGUGCAUGAGCGCCGUCGGAUACGGGCCCCUGACGCCGGGCGGCGGCGCCGGUGUGACCAGGGACCCGCUCUCCCUGGCCGAGCCCGACUCGCCCAACUCGGCCCUUCAGCGGGCGAGGACCGACAAAUCUUAUCGGAGGAGUUACACCCACGCGAAGCCGCCCUACUCGUACAUCAGCUUGAUCACGAUGGCGAUCCAGAACGCGCCGACCAAGAUGCUCACCCUGUCCGAGAUCUACCAAUUCAUCAUGGAUCUGUUCCCGUUCUACAGGCAGAAUCAGCAACGCUGGCAAAACUCGAUCAGGCACUCGCUCAGUUUCAACGAUUGUUUCGUGAAAGUGGCGCGCACCCCGGACAAGCCGGGCAAGGGCUCGUUCUGGACCCUCCACCCCGAGAGCGGGAACAUGUUCGAGAACGGGUGCUACCUUCGAAGGCAGAAGAGGUUCAAGGACGAGAAGAAGGAGUUGACCAGGCAGAACAACAAGCACCAGCAGCACCACACGGGGGCGGCGGCGGCGGCGGCCGCGGUCGCCGUCGCGGCCGCCGCCGGCCACAACAGCCCCACCUCCCACGAGCUUGCCCACGCGGCGAAGAAGAGCGCGGCCUCUUCUCUCCACCACGGGGCCCAGCAACAGGACGACAAGGAUCUUCACUCCCUGGUCACCUCCCAUCACCACCAUCACGCGGCAGCGGCGAGCCUCCAUCAACAUCACGCGAGCCUGAAGAGCGACGCGGCCGACAUAGGGGGCCUGUUGGGCCCGGAUCUCGGCGCGGCGCACGACGAGUUGACCGCGAUGGUCAGCCGAAGCCUUCACCCUCACCUCAUCUCGGAGCCGGCCGCUGCCCUCCACCACGGGAUGGCCGGCAGCCUGAAGCAGGAGCCGCCGUACACAGCCGCCAGCCACCCGUUCAGCAUCACGAGGCUACUGCCGGGCGCGACGGCGGCCACCUCGCCCGGCGCCCAGGACAUCAAGCCGCCCGAGAUGAAGAUGUACGAGCAGUUGCACCAGAGCUACGCCAACUUCGGCUCGCCCCAUCACCCGCACGCCCACUCCGCGCCCCCGAGCCACCACCAUCACAACGGGAUGCACACGGCCUCGAACGCGGCAACCCCUAUGCACAACAUGACCAACCACCACCACCAGGAGUAUUACCAAAGCCCGUUGUACCAUCACGCGACCAGCGUGGCGAGUAGCAGCGCGCCCCCGCCGUCCACCGUCGCCACAGCGGCACCGGGCUUGUGACAU